AUGGAAACCCCAAUUCCUUCCACAGCAGCAGCCAUGGGAAUCAAACCCAAAUCAGCAGCAGCAGCAGCAGCCCAUGAAAAUGGUAACCAAAAACAGCAUCCCAAAUUCGCCCUCCCGGUGGACACAGAGCACAAGGCCACGAAAUUCCCACUCUACAAUUUCUCCGCACGACACAUGCGGGCCUUCCAUCUCUCCAGGCUCUCAUUCUUCGCCUGCUUCGUCUUCACUCCCAAUCAUCCGUGA